CCAAAUCUUAUCAAUUCGUUAAUUAAAUAGAAUGACUGAAAGGAACAGGUGAACAUAAUAUUGUAAGUCAAUUCGAAUACUCGAAUGACACUUAACAGAUAAUGGAUUAAAAUUCCGGUGAUGCCUUUCACAAGAAUUUUUUUAAAUAUUUUGAAUUUAUUUCAAUGGUUUCUCCAAAGGAAAUAUUUUCGCACUUCAAGUUAAAUUUUAGAAUCAUGAGCACAAUAUUAAUUUUCAAGUUGAUUAUUAUGCUGCCAGCAGCAACUCUUGGGUUUCCUAAAAUUACGCAUUUUGAUUUAAAUCAAUUACAUGACCGUAGUGUAAUUAUCCAUUUAUUCGAAUGGAAAUUCAGUGACAUUGGACUAGAAUGUGAACGAUUUUUGGGUCCACAAGGAUACGGCGCCGUGCAGCUCUCACCAGCCAACGAACAUUUAGUUGUUCAGGGUCAUCCUUUUUGGGAACGAUACCAACCUAUUUCGUACAUAAUACAAACCAGAUCCGGUAAUUCUGACGAUUUUCAAAAUAUGAGUCGGCGCUGCAAUGAAAAUGGAGUCCGCAUCUAUGCUGACGUUGUUCUAAAUCACAUGGCUGCAAUUAAUCCAAAGCCUAUAAUUGGAUCAGCUGGUUCAAUGGCAGAUCCAGAGAAUUUCAGUUAUCCCAGUGUCCCAUAUAAAUUCAAUCAUUUCAAUAAGCCCUGCGAUAUUUUGGACUGGAAUAAUGAAACAGCCAUGAGAAAUUGCCAAGUAACUAAGGGAUCGAGGGAUUUGGAUCAGACGCAAGAGUACGUUCGAAAUAAGAUUGUCGAUUACAUGAACGAGUUGAUUCGCCUUGGAGUUUCUGGAUUUCGCAUUGAUAGUGCAAAACACAUGUGGCCAUCUGAUUUAGAAAUAAUAUUUUCUCGCCUUAACAAUUUAAAUGUGGAUUUUGGUUUUGCCUCCAAUUCCAGACCGUUUAUCUAUCAUGACCUAAAAGAUUCCGGAACAGACACAGAUACAAUGGGUCGAUGGGAAUACACACACUUGGGAAUGAUAACGGAAUUUGCUGUGCCAGGAGAGCUUGGGCGAGCUUUCCGAGGUAAAAUCAAGUUAAAAUAUCUGAGAAAUUUUGGUCCACAGUGGAAUUUCUUGCCCUCGAAGUGUGCAAUCGCUUUUGUAGAGGAUCAUGAACUGCAAAGAGGACUUGGUAUGGGUAGUGGGCCGGAUAUUUUAACGAAUAAAAAUGGUAAAUCGUAUAAAAUGGCAAUAGCGUUUUUGCUCGCACACCCAUAUGGAACGGCUCGUCUGACAAGUUCUUACAAUUUUCGUCAUGUCGAUGACGGUCCCCCAUCAAAUAUGUUUGGUGAAAUUGAGUCGCCUAUCACCAGUGAUAAAGACGAUAGAUGCCAACACGGAUGGGUGUGUGAACAUCGUUGGAACUCAAUAGCAAACAUGGUCAGAUUUCGUAAUGAAGUGUACGGCAGUAGUUACAGUAAUUGGUGGGAUAAUAAUGGAAAGCAGGUAGCUUUCAGUCGAGGCGAGAAAGGAUUUACUGUUUGGAAUCUUGAUGACUACGAUCUGAAAGAAAACAUGCAGACUUGCUUGCCUGCUGGCACUUAUUGCGAUGUAAUUUCUGGUACGAAAAAUCAAAACAAAUGCACUGGAACCAAGGUAGAAGUAAAUGAGGAAGGUAUUGCCCAUAUAUUUUUGUCGAGUGAUGAUGCUAAUGGAGUAAUGGCAAUUCAUACCGGCGCUGUAUUAGGUUUGCUUGAAAUCUUCUUUCGAAAAAGUAAUUUCAAUGUAUUGGAAAACGGACUGCUUUAAAUAUAGUUGGUUGUAUGUCGAGCAUGCUGUACACAUUCCGGACAUAAAAUAACAGAUUUAGUCGUAGCGUAAAAUGUAAAUAUUACUACGAAUAAAAUGGUAACAAAAAUA